AUGGUGCAGCAGAGGGAGAGCAAGGAGCACAGCCAAGCUGACCAAGCUGGCGAGGUCCCGGCCAAAACGGACCACCAGAGGGAGAGCAAGGAGCACAGCCAAGCUGACCAAGCUGGCGAGUCCCGGCCAAAACGGACCACCAGAGGGAGAGCAAGGAGCACAGCCAAGCAGACGAAGCUGGCGAGGUCCGUUUUGGAGGAUUUGGGCUGCUGGGCGGGCAAAACGGACCACCAGAGGGAGAGCAAGGAGCACAGCCAAGCUGACCAAGCUGGCGAGGUCCGUUUUGGAGGAUUUGGGCUGCUGAGCGGCCAAAACGGACCACCAGAGGGAGAGCAAGGUCCGUUUUGGAGGAUUUGGGCUGCUGAGCGGCCAAAACGGACCACCAGGGAGAGAAAGGGACAGAGACCCACCGCCAGCUCUCGUGUGAUGAGGUACUCUGCCCGACCCAUGGUGGCACCUCGGAGUGGGUCAUCAGCGGAUGAAGGCCACGGGCAUCCACGGGCCACGCGGCGUUACGCAGCCAUGGAUACUCGAGGGGUUUUGGAGGGGCUGCCUGUUAGGCCCAGGUUCUACAAACAGAUCCCACCAGAGGCAAAAGUCCGAAAAGCAUUGAGGUUCAUGGAGAGCCUGCGAAGAUCCAUCCUAUUGAACGUCAUGAGGUGCCUGAGUGCUCACUGCCAGAGCCUUGGAGAGGCCACCAGUCAGACCGAAUCGGCAGCAGAAUGCGCCAUCGUAUCGGAGAAGGAACGACAAGGCCGCCCCGGGCCAUGGGAAUCGGUGGGGACCUGGGGUCCGAAGACGGUGAAAUCCGCCAGCAAAAGAGUCACCCAGCUGCCCCGCUUGGUGCCGUCAGAGCACGUGGUGCCGCCGCCAGCGCAGCCUGCGCCGGUGAGGCGUGGCAAGGUGCCUGCCUACAUCAAAAGGCGGCAGGAGCUUCGAAUCUCCAACUUGGCGGGCGUGGAGCUCUGUGCGCUGAGCGUAGCCAGUGACUGGCAGGGCCGCCAGCUGAAGGAAGCCAUUGCUGGGAAGACGCAGAUCCCCUUGAGCAAACAGAAGUUGAUGUAUGGCACCACUUUGAUUCGCAACACCGAUGUGCUGAGCCAGAUUCUGGGUGGGGGCGAUGCCGAGAAGGAGCUGUUGCUGAUCCGGCAGACUGUUGACUUCGACUUUUGGUUGGAUGAGAUUAGCCGGGACUAUCGACGACUUCGAAAAGCACCUGAGGAAUUGCGCGGUGACCCCCAAGUGGUGAUGGAGGCCAUAACUCAAAACCCCCAGGCGAUCAAAUUUGCCGCAGACAGUGUGAAAGCUGACAGAGAUUGUGCCUUGAAGGCCCUCCAGGCGGAUUGGACUCUGUACACUUCCAUUGCUCUGGAGCUCUGGGACGACCGAGAAAUCGCCCUGCUGUUCGUGCCAAAGUGCCCCCGCCUCUUCAGCAAGCUAUCUCCACAGCUGAAACAAGACGGAGAGUUGGUCAAGGAAGUGCUAUCGAAGAACAAUGGCUGGACUAUCUGCGAGAUGGGUCCAGAGAUGUUGGCAGACCGAGAGCUGGUGUUGAUGGCCGCCAGGAAUGCUGGUGAGCCCUCGUACAAUCGUCUCGGAAGGUCUUGGCUCAGCUACAUUAAUCGCCAGCUGUUGACGGACAAAGAGGUGGUCGUCGCUGGUGCCAAGGUUGGCUACUGCACCAUUGCGGAGCUUCCUGAGGUCUUCAAAGAAGACAAGGAAGUGCUUCGCGCCGUGCUGGAGGGCAACCCUUCGGAAAUUGUCAACGCCACGUUGGAGCUGCCGCGCGACUGGGCGCUGGCCAUGCUGCGAAAGGAUGGGAUGGCCUUGAAGUUGCUGCCACAGUUCUGCAACGACCGGGAGUGUGUCGAGGCCGCGGUGAGACAGACCUGUUUCGCCAUCAGCUUUGCGUCCAUUGAACUUCGUGCGGACAAGGAAUUGGCACGUUCGGCGAUUCAAGACUUUGUGGACAACUUUUCCCGUCAUUCGCUGAGGCCGGAAAUGUUAAGUUCCACUGAUACUUUGCCAUUUUUGUCCACUCUGUCGAAGGAAAUCCGAAGUGACAAGGAGUUGAUGUUGAAAGUGGUGCAGCGGGAUGGUCGACAACUGUGUGUUGUUGAGCCUGCUCUAUUGAAGGAUCCAGAGGUGGUCUAUGCUGCCGUGUCCAGACAUCCCAUGGCUCUACGAUAUGUCGCUGAAAGGGAGUCAGAAGAUCACGGCUACGCCAAAAGUAAGUCUUCAGGUAAAGCUCGCAACUCCAAGGGCGACUCGUCUUCGAGUAGCAAGGCCAGUCUGUUGGAGGACGUGCAGCUCUUGUUCAAUGCGAUCUCUCGUGACAGGAAUGCUUGGGUGUUCUGCCCAAAACAUCUUCGCGAGAAGGUGAAGGACAUGCUGCUGGAAAAGGAAAAGAAGGCGAAGAAAUGA